CUCUAGUCAGUUGGCCUUGGUCUGCCAGGCAGGAAGGAGAGUGGCCUGGCUCCGGCAGUCCCUCCUUCAGUCUUUCCUCACUUUUAUUUCCCCAGGGCCCUGACUCUCGCAGUCCAAGCUUCCUCCUGUAAGACUAGGCGGCCCAGACUCUGGACAAGGGCCUGCACCAUCCUCCUCUCCCAGCAAGGGGGCUCCAGAGACUGCCUCGGUCAGGAAGCUGAGCCCCAGCAUUCGGCAUUUGGCAGGAGAGGUGUGUGGAGGCCAGUUCUGAACAAGCACUCCUGCAGGAUCAUCCUUUGUGAUGUCCAGGGCUCCAGGAAGAGAUGUCCCUUUGGCUGGAGGCGCCUAUGUCUGAUGUUUCUCCUGGCUCAGAUUCUGCAGCGGAGCUGUGGGAGCCAGAUGGACAAGACGCAAAUGGCCAAGCACUGGGGGGCCGCAACUACAUUCUCAAAGAGGAAGCCAGCUCUCCCCAGUCUGCAGGGGGCAUCUUGAGGGUGGGGCUGGAGGCAGUGGAGCCCACAAGCCUGCUCCCCGGGACAGAGGCCCAUCUAGAAUCUGCAGAGCCCCGUCCACAAAAACGGAAAAAGGGGCCGGCCCCCAAGAUGCUGGGAAAUGAGCUGUGCAGCGUGUGUGGGGACAAGGCCUCCGGCUUCCACUACAACGUGCUGAGCUGCGAGGGCUGCAAGGGCUUCUUCCGCCGCAGCGUCAUCAAGGGGGCGCACUAUGUCUGCCACAGCGGGGGCCACUGCCCCAUGGACACCUACAUGCGCCGCAAGUGCCAGGAGUGCCGCCUCCGGAAAUGCCGCCAGGCGGGCAUGCGGGAAGAGUGUGUCCUGUCAGAAGAACAGAUCCGCCUGAAGAAACUGAAGCGGCAGGAGGAGGAGCAGGCUCAGGGCACGUCGGUGGCCUUGAGGUCUCCCUCGCCGCCCCAGGUCCUACCCCAGCUCAGCCCCGAGCAGCUGGGCAUGAUCGAGAAGCUGGUGGCCGCCCAACAGCAGUGUAACCGUCGCUCCUUCUCUGAUCAGCUUCGAGUCACGAACUAUCUGUUUCUUCCCCCACCGCCGCCGCCCCCUCCCGGGCAGCCUUGGCCCCUGGCACCGGAUCCCCAGAGCCGGGAGGCCCGACAGCAGCGCUUUGCCCACUUUACGGAACUGGCCAUCGUCUCUGUGCAGGAGAUCGUUGACUUUGCCAAACAGCUGCCCGGCUUCCUGCAGCUCAGCCGGGAGGACCAGAUCGCCCUACUGAAGACCUCUGCAAUUGAGGUGAUGCUUCUAGAAACUUCUCGGCGCUACAACCCCGGGAGUGAGAGUAUUACCUUCCUCAAAGACUUCAGUUAUAACCGAGAAGACUUUGCCAAAGCAGGGUUGCAGGUAGAGUUUAUCAACCCCAUCUUCGAGUUCUCCAGAGCCAUGAACGAGCUGCAACUCAAUGAUGCUGAGUUCGCCUUGCUCAUCGCCAUCAGCAUCUUCUCUGCAGACCGGCCCAACGUGCAGGACCAGCUCCAGGUAGAAAGGCUGCAACACAGAUAUGUGGAGGCCCUGCAUGCCUACGUCUCCAUCCACCACCCCCAUGACCGCCUGAUGUUCCCCCGGAUGCUCAUGAAACUGGUGAGCCUGCGGACCCUGAGCAGCGUGCACUCGGAGCAAGUGUUUGCGCUGCGCCUGCAGGACAAAAAGCUGCCCCCGCUGCUCUCCGAGAUCUGGGAUGUGCACGAGUGACUGACUGUUCUUCCCCACCACCUGUUUUCUGGGCUGGGUGACCCAGGGGGGCCGUGUCCUGAAGGCGGAGCUGAGAAGCCAGCAUUCUCCCGAGCCGGGACGUAGGAGCUCCUGGCAGAGGGAUGAAAGCAAGGGCAAAGG